AAGCAUGGAGAUUGCAGAAACCUGUUGGAUAUAUAGACGCGGACGCAGUUUCUGAAUGCUAUGAUUUCGAAGUUUUGACCUUUCAUUCGCCCUUUUCCAUUCUCGGCGGAACCACCCUCAUGGGUUGCACUUCCAAUUGCAUCCCCUCUCUUAUAUCUUCUCUUCCAUUUCGCCGCCGCACUCCGCCUCCGCCACCGCCACCGCCGCAUUUCGCCGCCACCCAUUUCCUCUCCCUUCACUCCAAACAAUUAUUCCCUCCUCAACCCUUUCGCUUUUCUGCCCUUUCUCUCUUGUCACAAGGCAGUGGCAGCGGCGGCGGCAACAACAACAAUGGUGGUGGUUGGGGUUACCCCUUUGACUCCGAUGAUUCGAAUUCCGAUUCUUUUUCAGAUUCUCACCACACCCUUUUUAUUUCCUUGCUAUGCUCUUCCGCCAUUUGUUGCUUCUGCCAUUUCUUUAUAGUAAAAUUUGCAAACGCCACUGAGAAUCAUGUUUUGUCGGAAUCAAUUUGGGAAGUCAAAGGUGGCAAGUGGACCAGGCUUGUCCCUGAUCAUGUUAAGGAUGCUUUUGUUACUACACAAUCUGGGUUCUUUUCUGAGUUAUCGUCCCUGAAACCUUCACAAGUUCCAUCCUUUCUGUGGUUCAAAUGCAGGGACCUUUUGAUGAGGUUGAUGCUUCCUGAAGGAUUUCCCAAUAGUGUGACUAGUGAUUACUUGGAGUACUCUCUUUGGAGAGGAGUUCAAGGUGUUGCUUGCCAGGUUAGUGGGGUGCUGGCAACCCAAUCCUUGCUUUAUGCUGUUGGAUUGGGAAAAGGGGCUAUUCCUACUGCUGCUGCUAUUAAUUGGGUUCUCAAGGAUGGAAUUGGGUAUCUCAGUAAGAUUAUGUUGUCUAACUUUGGUCGCCAUUUUGAUGUCAAUCCUAAAGGGUGGAGGUUGUUUGCUGAUCUUCUUGAGAAUGCUGCAUUUGGUUUGGAGAUGUGUACUCCUGCUUUGCCUCAUUUUUUUGUACUCAUUGGUGCUGUGGCUGGGGCAUCUCGCUCUGCUGCUUCGCUGAUUCAGGCUUCUACCAGGAGCUGUUUCUAUGCUGGUUUUGCUGCUCAAAGGAAUUUUGCCGAGGUAAUUGCUAAAGGUGAAGUUCAAGGAAUGGCGAGUAGGUUUAUUGGUAUCAUACUUGGUAUAGGAUUGGGUAACUGCAUAGGCUCAUCCACGCCCCUUGUUCUUGCUUCAUUCAGUAUCUUGACUUGGAUCCACAUGUACUGCAAUCUGAAGUCAUAUCAGUCCAUUCAAUUACGGACUUUAAAUCCUUAUCGUGCAAGUUUGGUUUUUAGCGAAUAUCUGCUGAGUGGCCAGGCACCUCCAGUUAGAGAUGUCAAUGAUGAGGAGCCACUGUUUCCGGCCGUACCCAUAUUUAAUGCAACUUUUGCAAAUAAAGCACAAUCAAUUGUUUUAUCUUCUGAAGCAAAGGAUGCAGCUGCAGAAAUUGAAUGUCGUCUGCAGCUUGGAUCCAAGCUCAGUGAAAUUGUCAACAGCAGGGAAGAUGCGAUUGCUCUCUUUGGGCUUUAUAAAAAUGAAGGUUACAUCUUGUCAGAGCACAUGGGAAAAUUCUGUGUUGUGCUUAAAGAAAACUGUUCACAACUAGAUAUGCUCAAGGCCUUGUUCCAGGUCAACUACCUUUAUUGGUUAGAGAAGAACGCAGGAAUUGGAGGAAAAGGAGCCCUUAAUGAUUCCAAACCUGGUGGGAGGUUGCAUAUAUCUCUGGACUAUGUGGAAAGGGAAUUCAACCAUGUUAGAAGUGAUGGAGAAUCAGUAGGCUGGAUUACAGAUGGGCUUAUUGCUAGGCCUUUGCCUAACAGGAUUCGCGAAGGCAACACGACAACCUCCAACUCAGUGAGAGAUGGGAAGGCAUGUGGGAAGAUGCUUAAUCAUGAUCGAUGCGGCGAACAGGUCCAUGCCGAUGCCAUGAAACUUGGGCUGGUCUUGGAUGACUAUGUGCUGUGUAGUUUGAUUGCCAUGUAUGGAAGAUGUGAUUUAUUGAGAGAUGCAAAACAGCUGUUUGAGAUGACCCGGAAUGAAAGAAAGGUUGAUUCCUGGAAUGCUAUGCUUAUGGGUUACAUACAGAAUGGUUUGUACAUUGAAGCUGUUAAGUUUCUGUAUCAGAUGAAAGAAGCUGGAAUCCAGCCCCAGGAAUCUCUGCUUAAUAAAAUCAGAAUUGCUUGUGGAAGUAUUACAUUCUCAAGCAUGAAUUAG